AUGCCCAGCUCAUUGACUUGUAUUUAUACCAGGCUCGGCCGUCCGUAUCAUCCAUCCCGGACCUGCUGUUCCUCUCGCUCUCGCCACUGAGUCCACUCCUCCUCUCGAUCGUCCCCGAGGCGUGGCCUACAGCAUCCCCAGCUCUCCCCUCAAGGCCUCGUAGCUCUCACAGCUCAAGCUCAUUAUAGACUCCUACACUGCGUGCCCUGCACACGGCAUUGCAUCACCCUGCACUGCACUGCUGCGUGUACGAAGGGAAGGGAAGGGAAGGGAAGGGAGGAGAAGAGGAGAGAAGCGAAACGCGAGGGAAGUGUGAGAGUGGACGACAUUUCACAGACUGCCAAAGCUGUGGGAGAUUUCGAGCGAGAGAGUGAGUGAGUGAGUGAGCGAGGGUGUAAGGAAGGAAAGAAGGAAGGAAGGAAGGUCGAGGAUGAUGGCUCCAGGAAGGUCUGUGAUUGAGUUUCUGGUGGUUGCAUUGGCCAUAAGCUGGCAGCUGACGGGUACGCAGGCGCAGCUGAGAGCGGACUACUACGCCGCCACAUGCCCCAACGCCGAGGCGAUCGCAAGACAGGCUUUCAUCAGGCAGAUUAACAUUAUCAAUCUCGUCUCCGCCCCGGCCUCCAUUCUCCGACUCGCUUUCCACGACUGUGCUGUCGAUGGAUGCGAGGGCUCCAUCAUGCUCAACUCUGACGGCGGCGCCAUCACGGACGAGAAGGACGCCGAGAGGAACCUCGGAAUCGGCAACUUGAACGUCAUCACCACCAUGAAGGCCGCCCUCGACAACGCCUGCCCCGGCGUCGUCUCCUGCGCGGACGUCAUCGCAAUGGCGGGCCGUGAGGCCGUCAACUUCGCCGGAGGACCCCAAUUCGGCAUUCAGCUCGGCCGUAGAGAUGGUAUCGGAGCCAGUACCAGCCAUGCCCAGGCCCAGCUCCUCCCCGCCGACACCUCCGUGACGACAUUGCUCAACACAUUCGCCGGCAUGGGCCUGAACGCCGAGGAGACCGUCGCUCUCUUAGGGUCGCACACCAUCGGAGUGUCGCACUGCGACAACAUCAGGAACCGACUGUACCCACAGCCCGACGCCACGCUGCAGUCGAAUGUGCUGUUCGCCACAACUCUGAGGGCGCAGUGCCCGCAGAUUUUCCAGAACCCCAACACCGUCGUGCAGAUGGACAGGACCAACGUGAACUUCGACACUGUCUACUUCAGCGACGUCAUGCAGAACAGAGGCCUGCUCACCAUCGACGACGCCCUGGGAUCUGACCCCCGCACCUCCGGCUUCAUGGCGGCCUUCGCCGGCAACAGGCAGCGCUUCUUCAAUGUCUUCGCCGUCGCCUACGAGAAGAUGACGCGCUUCGGUGUGCUCACGGGCACGCAGGGCCAAAUCCGCAACGACUGCACGGCCGUCAACCCCUAGAAGAAUCGUGUGCAGAGCUGCCGUGAUUCUCGUGUAAUAUUCUGUAUGGCCUCGAAGGAUUGUUCAUAGAUCUGAAGCGGCAGAACGCUGCCGACCGCAUGGAUGACAGUCUUGGGUUGAAAAUCCUGAGCUCGCUAGCAUUCACUUCUUACGGGGACGGUUUAUUCCCCCGGCGAAAGAGAUUGAUAUGAUAGCGCAUCGAUGCCGUCGAGAGUGUCACGAAUCCUAAUUCAGUGUAGAAGAUGGAGAAAUUUUUUAUUCGCAUUGUACAGUGCGAGCGAUCUUCGAGAAUCGCUCGACCUGAAUGAGGUGGAAUAAAAUCCUGCUGUGAAAGUCCACAUCAGCGAUCAUGUU